GGACGCCCCGCCUCUCACUCCCGUUACACCCGGGGGAAGGUGUUCCAGAGGCGGCUCCCAUCCUCACCCCGCCUCCCGUUUCUCCAGCGCUAACCUCUGCCGGCGGAGCCCACUAUGCCAGACACUUUCGACACUUUGCAAAGACAAAGAGCCCUAGACCGGAGGGAGGAGAGAGGAGGAGGCAGAGAAGGACCGUGAGGUUUGAGCUGGCUGGGGUUUGACUUUGCUGAGCUAGCAAUGCCAUCAAAGAGCAACUGGCACCUAUUGGAUCUGUGCUGAGCAAGGCUCAGAGCUGUGGGGCUGGGCAGUUGUAUCUGUGAGCCAGGGGCAGACAGUGGCUCAGCUUCCUGAGGCAUCUGCCCUCUUGGUGAAGCUGAGUCCUUGUUUCUGUUUUCCAGAUGAAGAAACUGAGACGCAGAGAGGUUAAGGAACUGCACUGAUGUGGCACAUCUGAUGUUCGGCAAACCCUGUGCCUUCCAGGAGAUGCCCUUUCAGUCCCCAUUCCUGGGGACAGCCUAGGAGACACAGCUCUAAUUAAGGAUUGUUGGAGGAGGGUGGCCAAGCAGCCUCGCAUCCUACGCCAAGACCCUUUUACAGAUCGUCCAGGAGUUCACCCAGGCUGAGAUGAACUAACUAAACUUGAUCGCUUUAGAGCUGGGUUUCACUCAAGUGUCAUCAAGCCACAUUCUUGGCUUUGCUUGGGGUGCAGAAGAGGUAGACCCACGCUGCUCACCAACACAGGCAAGACUGACUGCAUGGCACAGACGACCCUCGUGUGCCGCCUCACGGGGAUGUCGAGAACACAAACCUCGGCGUGUCUCCAACAGGCUGAAGUUUGCCCUAGCGGCGUCUGAGAUCUCCCUGUGGACUCUGUUUCCUGCUGCCUGCUCCUGUGUCUCUGAGGUUUCUGCUCAGCUCCGGGAAGGGGUCUCCUCUAUUCCACCCUCCCAUCCACACAGAGGACCCAGCAAAGGGUGGAGGUGGUGAACAUGAGGAGGAGGACCCUCAAGUACCUCACCUUCUUCCUGCUCUUCAUCUUCCUCACUUCCUUUGCCCUGAACUACUCCAACACGGGAGUGCCCAGUGCCUGGUUCCCCAAGCAGAUGGUCCUGGAAUUCUCAGAGAACUUCCGCAGGUUCAUCAAGUCACAGCCGUGCACCUGCAGACACUGCGUCAGCCAGGACAAGGUCUCAUAUUGGUUCGACCAGCGCUUCAACAAGACCAUGCAGCCCCUACUGACAGUCCACAACGCUCUGAUGGAGGAAGACACAUACCGGUGGUGGCUGAGGCUCCAGCGGGAGAGGAAACCCAACAACCUGAGCGACACCAUCAAGGAGCUGUUUCGCCUGGUGCCUGGGAAUGUGGAUCCCAUGUUGAACAAGAGGCUGGUGGGCUGCCGACGCUGUGCAGUUGUGGGAAAUUCUGGUAACCUGAAGGACUCCUCGUACGGGGCUGAGAUCGACAGCCAUGACUUUGUGCUGAGGAUGAACAAGGCACCCACAGUGGGCUUUGAGGCAGAUGUUGGAAGUCGGACCACCCACCAUCUCGUGUAUCCUGAGAGCUUCCGGGAGCUGGGAGAGAAUGUCAACAUGGUCCUGGUCCCCUUCAAGACCAUCGACCUGCAGUGGGUGAUCAGUGCCACCACCACAGGCACCAUCACUCACACCUACGUCCCUGUGCCCCCGAAAAUCAAAGUGAAACAAGAGAAGAUCCUGAUCUACCACCCAGCCUUCAUCAAGUAUGUCUUUGACAACUGGCUUCAGGGCCAUGGGCGGUAUCCAUCGACUGGCAUCCUCUCCAUCAUCUUCUCCAUUCAUAUCUGUGAUGAGGUGGACUUAUAUGGCUUUGGGGCAGACAGCAAAGGAAAUUGGCACCAUUACUGGGAGAACAACCCAUCAGCGGGUGCAUUCCGAAAGACGGGGGUUCAUGAUGGCGACUUCGAGUACAACGUCACAAAUACCCUGGCAGCCAUCAACAAAAUCCGCAUCUUCAAGGGGAGAUGAUGCUGCGACAUCCAUUAAGGAUGGACACAACAAAUCAGACCUCUCAAUUUGCAGGCCCAGCACCUCCCUGGAGCCGGUGUGUUCCCGAAGCUUCCAGGGCUGACCUCGGGGUGUUCCCAGGCUUUCUGGCAACCUCUUGCACCCUCAUGUUGUUAUCAUCUACUUAGCAAAGUUGUCCAAGUCUCCCAGGAUACAGAGCCAGGCUCAGGCCUGUCUAUGGUGGGAGCACUUUCCCACCGCUGUCCCCUAGCUGGGGAAAAGUGAGCCAAUACGAGGAAAAGUCUAGCCUCCAAACAAUGGUUAUUUUGUCUUCUGGAUUGGAUUGGAGGGAGGGGAUGGGGGAAAAUAAAUCCUGAAGAUUCUUGUGUUCGAAAGAGUGAACAUUUCCCAGAAGUCAUUUAGAGGCUGCCACUGAACUGUGGGCCUCGUGCUCAACUCAGACUCUGGCUGGGAAUGUUUGGGACUGUCAUCUGCAGAGCCACACUGGGCUACACCAGCAGAGGGGCAAGAUACUGUUCUCCUUUGCAUGAAGCCUAACCUGUCACUGGAUAUGACAUUCCCAUUGUCCCUUUCUUCAAUAAGGUCACCGGUGAUGGCUAGGCAAAGCUUCUGACUCCAGAGGUCUUCCAGGGAAACCUGGCCAUGUAUGGCUGACAGGAGUGAAACCCAGGUCACUAUUCUGCGUGAUUCCCCCUCCAUAGCGAUGCUAAUGGCCAGAACAGGUCUGACUACUUCCACGUGCCUUUGAACUUGAGAAAAAAGUGCAUGCAUUGGCUAAUAGGAAGCAAAACCCCCAAUUGGAGAAAGGAGACCUCCACCAGCACCUCGCUUUGCUGCAUAGCUCAAAAUCUCUUUUCAAAUGAUAUUCCGCACCACCCAGAAUAUGCCAGGCGGGGGGAUGGGUCCUCACUUCUAUUUCCUCAGACUGCUGGGUUCAGGACCACUAACAACCAGCAUCCUCCCAUGGGUCCUGAACACUGAGCCAAGUCCCCAGCAGCCACCUUCCCGGACUCGUUUGAGGUCGCACUGGGGACACUCUAGAACCACAACUGAAAUGCAUGUACCUCUUCUUCGUUCCGUCUGUUCUCCCCCUCCUUCCUCUAUAGAAAUCCUGAUUAUUUAUUAAUUUGUUAAUUCAGCUGACCCUGUGCACACUCUUCCCCACAGCUGAUCGCAGUGUGUUUUGUUGCUUUACCUGGCAAGUGGGAGCAGGAGCAGAAGAGAGAGCAUCCUGGAUGUAUACGUUGAGACAUCUGGACUUGGGGCUUGCUGGCGGGCCAAUCCUGUGGCGCCGACAAUCCUUUGUAAAAUCCAUGUCACCUCCCUUUCUGGUACAAGUGACUUGCCCUCUUCCUCAUUGCAGCAGGGAGGAGAACAGGCACUUGGAGGUCAUUGAACACCUCCUUACAGAUGUUCAAUAAGAGAAACCUCUGUUUCUCUUGAAAAAAUAGUCCCUAAAGACCACCACAACUUCAUCAAGGCAGAUUAUGACAGAGAUAUCUUGAGGGUUGGAACAGACCCCCUAAAACAGUGAUAGGAUGGGGAGACCAGUAACAAUCUAGGUCCGUGAUGGUCUAAAGGUCUAGAGAUCAUAGAAAGAUGCAGAUGGUGCUGCAGUCUCUACCGAGGCCACAUGGGUCUGCUAGAGACCCACCACACCUCCUGGGAAUGUGGCCUCCCUGUCAGAGGUGGAAAGGACCACAGUGGAGAUCGAGAACCCAGAGGGUGGCUUCCCCUGUGCCCAUCAAAGAAGCUCCUGACAUGCAGGGUGGGGGAGGCCCUAGCUAACCCCGCCCAGAGGAUAAAGCGACAGCUGUGUAUGCCCUCAGGAACUGGCAGCUGGAGCCACGGGUUCCAUCAUAGCCAGGUGGCUAUGAGUUGAGAAAGAUUGGCUCUAGGCAGCUCAGCCAUGAAGGCCUGGAUAGCUGAUUUUCAGAUAGCAUCAGCUCUCCUCUUUGUCAUCCUCCCCUGGGCCGCAGGUAUUACCUAAUACAUCUGAAAAGCACCGGAGGGUGAAGAGAGAAAGCAGAAGCCAGCAGAGUAGAGCCCCUUGCCUUCAGCCUCAGAGUAUAGUAAACGCGUCAUGAGCCAGGCCCCGCCUGGAGCCUGCUUCCACCUGCUGAACCCCAUCUUGACCUUCCUAACCUCUCUGCUCACUUAGCUUUUACCCUGGCUCUGCCUGCCCAGGGUCUACCCCACCCUUUCUCCAGAGCCUAAUAUGGAUCUUGCACACCCUACCGGGUAAACAUGGAUAGCUCUUGCUGCCCCCACCUCCUUGCACAAUCACUUUAACCAUUUCCCAAUUACCUGAUCUGGACUUUGCUCAACCCACCCUAGUCGGUAGACGUGGGUCCCUCCUGCACCUCUAGGUACAAUCACUUUAGCCCUUUCCAAAGUCUGCUUCAGAGCCAAAGUUUUCCAAGCACUUUCUGCCCAAAAGCUCUUCCUUGCCUCCUGUGGCCCAGCAUUGCCUGUUUAAACUUUGCUUUCUCCUGCCCACAUCUUGUAAUCCUCCUGAUUGAUCUGAAUGCAUUUCCAAUGAUGUCGGCGAGUCUGCCUUCCUCAGCCUCAGCUCCGUUUUAUUUAUUGUUGAAUAUUUCCAAUGAUUCAAAUCAAAGUGAAUUAAAAAAGAGCUAUUUUAUUGUU